AGGGCGGGGGCAGCGCCUACCGGCGGCCCGGCCGGUCUAGCGCUGCCAUGAAGGAGCCGGCGGCGGCCGAGGAGGAGGCUCUGCUGCUGCGGGACUACGUGGGGUUCUACGCGGCCCGAGGGGCGGAGGGCGAGAUGGCGGUGUGCGAUGAGGCCUCCCUAAAGGCGAGGGCGCGGCGGCUGCUGGGCCCGCGGCGGCGCGGCGCCCUGGACGUGUGCAGCGUGGCGGAGCGGUGCCGGCGGGCCCGCGGUGAGCGCGGCGGUAGCGUCCUGCGCGACCUGCUCAAGGCGCUGGAGGUGCUGGAGCUGCUCUGCGUCAACCUGCUCCUCUCCCCGUGGCGGAAGGAGAUCAGGUCGCUGAAGACAUUCACCGGUAAUUUUGUCUACUAUAUUCAAUCUGCACUCCCAGAUGACAUUGUAAAAACAAUACUGGAGAAAAUAGGUUACAUCGCAACAACAGCAACAGAGUUUUCACUUGUCAAAAAGAGAAACAAUGAGGAGAUAAAGCAGACUGCUUUUGAAAUAUUCCUGGCAAGAAUUGAGUGUGAAACUAUCCUUGAAAUGACAAAUGAAGAGAAACAUGGCAAUUUGGAGAAGACCCUGCAGAAGAGAACACAAAUGCACCGGCAUCAUGGAGAUAAGGACAAAGAGGAUCAGACACCCCAGAGAGAAGACACUGAAAAUCAAGAAGACAGUGAGACAUCUUUGUGCCUUGCUACUCAACAAAAGUCUUCAACUAAUAGCGAUAUAUCCUUUGAAGCUGCUGGGAAUCUGAAGAUCAAAGAUGACAUGCCUCAGUUAGCAGUUACUCAAUCCACUAACAGGCUUCAGGAACACCAAAGGCAAGUCAUUAACACUGUACACUUUCCGGGCAAAUGCUCAGACAGCGAGGACUUCUUGAUCAAAUAUAGCGACAUUGUCAUAAGACAAACACCUAUUUUCAGUGAGAAUCUUUCUCCAAAAGCCUUUGAAAAAAAGCCAAGAGCCAGUCUAAGUGAAGAAUGUGUUUUGGCAGUCACUGCAGAGUCAACUGCAAAUGAGAUCAGGCCUGUGCCACUCUCACCAGGAGCAAGCGGUCCGCCAGCCUUUGCAAUAUUUGCUGACAGCUCUUGUGACAGCAAAACCACUCUGGAGUACAAAGCUCAAGAAGUCCCCGAAGAAUCAAUUGAAGCCGAAAUUAACGAUGCCAUAAAUUGCGUAGACCCAGAGCCUGCAGAUGAACCCAAUGAGCUGAAGUCUCUGCCAUUCAAGGACGUUGCAUCUGUCCAAAACCGCAGUGUCCCUAGGGAAGAGGAAGAGCUGUCUUUAACUUUCACAAAACUACAAAUCAAGGACAAUCAGGAAGACCUUAUGUAUCCAGUAGAGGAAACUGGGCAACCUGAGUCAGUAUCAUAUGCAAGUACAAGUGACAGUCACGCAAGAGAAUUUAAUCACUCCAAAAUAAAACAUACAUAUGUGACUAAUGCUCAGAUGCAGACCAGAGCAGCUGCACAUAUUGAGCCAUCUUCAGAUCUGUGCUGUACUGCUGGGAACACGGAGGAUUCCACUACUGGUUCUGAUAGGAAGAGGCUAUUAAUGGAUAGUCCUAAUGCACAUACAGCUUCGGAGUGCUUCAGACACAUUAGAGAGCCCCCUAACCUCACCUACAUUCCACCACAAAGUAUUGAUGUUCGGUCUUCACACAUAAGAAGGACCAGCGCAAAGCGCAGAAGGAACCUCUUGCAGCCUGAACGUGACUCUCCCGAGUCCAGUGAAGUAAAGCUGGAGAACUAUGAUUCAAAAUUAAAUGAAAUCCAGGAGCCUUAUGUCAUUAUUGACAAAACCGACAAAGGAAUGUUAUGCCACCACACUUGAUUCUACUGGUGCUUUAUUUGUAAUCUACCUGGUUUUCUUCCUCUCACUUGUGGCCUUGAUCAUCUUCUCAAGGAGAUGAUUAGCUCUGUCAAAGCACUUUUAGGUUUUUUAUUUAAAAAAAAAAAACACACCACUGCUUUUGGACAGUAAAAAAGGGAAAUAGUUGAGCAAAUUCUUAAUGGCCCUUUCUCAUCUAGAACCUUUGCCACUGAAACGUGAAUGGCCGGUCACCUUUCUAAAGCAUAGGCAACUUCCAUAAAUUUAAAACCAUUUAAUUCAUUAGCCAGAUUCCUUCUGGCUGUACUUAAUGCCAGACAGGUUUCUUCAGCAUACUUCUGCCUCCCCCCUCCCCUUUUUUUUUUCCUUUACAGACUUAUUCCUGGAGUAUUCUUUCAGUAUAUCAUGCUGUACAAUGGUAGAAACAGGUAAAUAUUUCUAAACUGGAAGACCCAACUUCGGAGUUUUACAAAUGCUCUACUGGAGUGUACUUCCAUUAACUCAUUACAUUCCUGUGAAGCUGUGCUCUGAGCUAAUCUUGCUCCUGUUUUCAGCUGAAAAUAAGUUUAGAAAGUUUGAUAACAUUCCUUUAGGGUUAAAGAGAGAGACAGCCCUGUGAACACUCUUGGUUUUAUUUUUGCAUCAGGAGUAACAGUUUAGAUCUUACAGAGACAAUAACCUGUAUUACAGGUUUUAUACCUGUCUCCACUUGUUACCAAAUUUUUUUUGUGGCUACCACCACAAAUUUCAUGAGAAACACUGAGCAUUGUAAUCAUUCACUGCUACCAGAAGAGGGAGAUCCCCAGUGGGUCUGUGCUGGGUCCAGUCCUGUUCAACAUAUUCAUCAGUGACGUGGGCAAAGGGACAGAGUGUAACCUCAGCCAGUUUGCUGGUGAUACCAAGCUGGGAGGAGUGGCUGAUGCACCAGAAGGCUGUGCUGCCAUUCAGCGAGACCUGGACAGGCUGGAGAGCUGGGCCGAGGGGAACCUCACGGAAUUCAACAAGAGCAAGUGCAAGGUCCUGCCCCUGGGGAGGAACAACCCCAUGCACCGGUACAGGCUGGGGGCUGACCUGCUGGAAAGCGGCUCUGCUGAGAAGGACCUGGGAGUGCUGCUGGACAGCAAGGUGACCCUGAGCCAGCACUGGGCCCUUGUGGCCAAGAAAGCCAACAGUAUCCUGGGGUGCAUGAAAAGGAGUGUGGCCAGCAGGUCGAGGGAGGUGAUCCUCCCCCUCUGCUCUGCCCUAGUGAGACCACAUUUGGAGUGCUGUGUCCACUUCUGGGAUCCCCAGUUCAAGAAGGACAGGGAACUACUGGAGACAGUCCAGCAGGGUGCUACAAAGAGCAUCAGGGGACUGGAGCAUGUCUCUUAUGAGGAAAGGCUGAGACACUUGGGUUUGUUCAGCCUGGAGAAGACUGAGGGAGGAUCUUAUCAAUGCUUAUAAAUAUCUGAGGGGUGGGUGCCAAGAGGAUGGGGCCAGACUCUUUUUCAGUGGUGCCCAAGGACAGGACAAGGGGCAACGGGCACAAGUUGGAACACAGGAAGUUCCACCUGAACAUGAAAAACUUCCUUACUGCACAGGUGCCAGAGCAGCGGCACAGGCUGCCCAGAGAGGCUGUGGAGUCCCUUCCCUGGAGACAUUCAAAACCCACCUGGAUGCGCUCCUGUGCCCCCUGCUCUGGGUGUGCCUGCUCAAGCAGGUACAGUGUUGGACAAGAUCAUCUCCAGAGGUCCCUUCCAACCCCUACCAUUCUGUGACCCAGACACUGUUGCCAUUUCCCUUGCCCCGAUUCCUGCCACUUAACUCUGCACCAGCUCUGCAGUUCCCUGGACUUUUCUGUAAGCCAUUUCAUCUCACUAAAAUGAAGGAAAAAAACCUGCCAUUCCCUGCCAUUUUAGUGACGGGGGGGAAAAAAAUCGUAUCACAGAAAGGUCCCAGUGAACAUCAGAGCCAGGAUAAGGGAUAUCCUGUAGGUGGGAGUGGUGUGUGAAAAGCACUGUGCUGGGAAGGAAGGAGAGCAGUAUUGUCAUAUACACAUUUAAUUAAAUUUAGAAAAGUACAGUCAUUGGUAAUGUAUUUCAGCACAGUCUUCAAUGCUUUAUACACUUGUUACCUAGGAAGACAGUUUAAUACCCCUUCAAGUAACUUCUCCAGUAGCACUUCAAUGCUAAGAAUGUUUUGUUGUUUCAUGUAUAGUUAAAAUAUUAGCUGAAAUUAAUUUAGUAUAAAUUGUUUAUAAUUUACUUUCACCCCCAAGAAAUUCAAAGAGGAACACAUGGAUUAUACUAGAAAAACCUCAGGAGCUAAAAUGUAAAGCUUUGCUUUUUGAACAACUACAACUAACUGCUGAAGUCCUGACACAACCCGAUUCCAGCAGCGUAGGAGUAAAACUUCGACCAAGCUAACAUCAAGUGACAGGACUGCCUUCAGCUUUGGGCGAGGUUGGGAGAAACAGGUAUUGUGAACAUGCAGACACAAAUCAAUACUUCUGCACUGGGUCUGGCUAGCAUUGAGGUAACUUUCUUAAUAGUAGCCCCUGGGGUGGUGUAUUUGGGAUCUGUGGCUAAAACUGUUGAUAAUACACCAGUGUUUUGGCUAUGGCUGAGGAGUGCUUGUGCAGUGUCACAGCUUUCUCUUUUUCUAAGUAUACCUCCCACCCCUCAAUAAGUAACUGGGAGAGGACACAGCUGACCUGAACUGGCCAAAAGGACAUCCAUACCAUAUAACACGCUUGGCAAUAAAAUGGGUAGCAGAGGGAGGUGGGGCUUUUUGUCUACCAGGGUGGCCAGUGCUCAGAGACCAAUGCGUGCCAUUGCAUCACUUGGUUCUGCUCCCCCCCUUUCCUUCACUUACUAAACCUCUAUCUCAACCCAAAAGCUCUCUUGACUUUGUUCUUCCUAUUCUCCCCUGUCCUGCUGGGGAAGGGGGGAGCAAGCAGUGGUGUUGGCGCUUAGCUGCUGGCUGGGUCAACCUACCAUAACCUCCUUGCUUUUCUUUCAAGUACCUAUCUGUUCUUCCUAACCAUUUUGGUUUUUAUAAGCUAUAUUUUCCCCCUGUGGGGGUUAUUAAAAUUAUGUGGUUUAAAUCUCA